GUCUACCAUUACAUUUUGUACGCAUGAAACUCAUCACUGUUGUAUACCUACUCUGUGCGGCAUGCUCUGCAUGGACUAUGAAGGAUAAAUUUGUCACGUAUUUAAUUGCGCAAAAGUUGGCGAAAUUCCCAAUAAACUCCACACUUGAGCAUUACCGAGAUGCUCUGAAUAGGCUGAAGUCGCUUAUUGAUAUCCAUCGCUCUGAAGCAAUACAGCUCGAUACAACCGGUGUGAUGACGCUGGACUAUAUUAUCAAUCGAAUUACGCAAUCAUAUAAGGCAUCUAUCCAAUCCAAUCUUGAUAAGAAGGAGUAAAUAGCCAAUACGAAACUGGAUAAACAGCUAGAUAACCUACUGGAAGAAUUAAAUUGGUAAUAAAUACACUGCAGCUGGAAUUCUCUAAACACCUGCUAUCAUCAUAAUCGAGUAAAUGAAGUAGCCACAUAUCUAAAGGUGAGCGUAAUAGCUUAUAUAAC